CCAGAUGAUCCAAGUGCCCAACCACCCAAGUCCUGAUCCGAAUUCUGCACUCAAGUAUUCCCACUCCAAUUAUUACCAAGCUCAGAUACCGAACUCUCCAAACAAAGCGAGGCAGAACUGGAACUGGCCGGGCGCCAAUCUCUUCCCCAUCUACGUCCGAGAUCCUUUUCUGCAGAUGUACUAUGCAGUGACCAACAUGAUUGAAUAUGGACCAACCGCUGGCAACGAAGGCCCUUGCAAGCUGACUCCCAGGCCGCAAGGCUCAAGAGUAAAGUUGAACUCCAAAGCUGGCGAUGUUGGGCAACAAGUCUCUUUGGAGCUGAAUAGGCGCGAUAAUUCUGGACAGCUCAAGAUUGAAGAACAUGAUCAGGAUGCAAGUCAUGCAAUGGAUUUCUUGAACUUGGAGGACAUAGACGUUGGGGACGAUGAAUUGGUGAAAUUCACUGUGAACUUUCCAAGUUCCUCAUCUCCUGGAGCUAGAGAUUUAAACGACCAUGUUCCCAGUAGCGUGAGCGUAAAGAAUAUGUCUGAGAAAUUAGACUCCAAUGUAGCAGCCGAGUCGAAACAAGCACCAUUAGUCGGGGAGCCAACGCUUCAAGUGGAAGAGCUGGAGGACGAACUGCUGGAAGCUGAGAAAGCCGAGGAAAUCGCCAUAGCCAAUCAGGGCAGCAAAAGGGUUUUCAGCAGAGACAACACAGGAAACGGAAUUUUUAUCCAGAAGCUCAAAGUUCGCAAAGGCGGUGUUGCUAUUGCUGGACCUGGAGGAAUAGCGACAGCAGGCAGCGGCGGCACAGCAAUAGUUGGCCCAAAUGGCAUCGCCUACACUCAUCCGGAUGGUUUGGCAAUAGCAGGAUCAGGCACGCAAGUUGUAGCUGUCGAUCCGAACAUAGACCUAAACGAUGUUAUCAAAAAUACUGUUUUGAACGGGACUCGGCAUGUGCCCAACACUAGAGUAGGCAAAGUGGUUGCGGUUGGUCCAGUCGUUUACUAUAAUAGAGGGUAGGGGUUCUAAAUAUUUGUCUAUUAUGUAGAUAUUAUGUUAUGCGGGAAGGGAGCAAAUGAACGAGUUGAACAAUGGAGUAAGAUCUAGUGUAAAUUGAAAGAUAGGCUUGGUGGGAAUUGGAAAUAAUAUGCCUCGCAGAAAAACAUAGUUGCUGCAAAAGCUUUCGGUUUAGUUCUUUGAUGACAUUGAACAUUAUUUUAACAGCAUUAAGAUUAAUGUCUAUUAGUUUUUGAUGUGCACCCAGGAAUUUGUUAAAGCGUAGUUUGUGAAUUUUAUAUGGGCAAAUCUUUAUUUUACCCAGCGCCUUAGGUAUAAGAGAAGAUUUUCUAUAUUCUUAAUUGUUAAGAAAUGACUGAUGAACCAAAAUGUAAAUAAAUAGCAAUAAAACUCA